AAGAAAAUGUCAGUCAGCAUGCAUGAAAAUCGCAAAUCUAGGGCCAGCACUGGCUCCAUAAACAUAUACUUGUUCCACAAGUCAUCCUAUGCUGAUAGUGUCCUUACUCACCUGAACCUUCUGCGUCAGCAGCGUCUCUUCACAGAUGUACUUCUCCAUGCCGGGAACAGGUCAUUCCCCUGCCACAGAGCCGUUCUAGCUGCUUGUAGCCGCUAUUUUGAAGCAAUGUUCAGUGGAGGACUGAAGGAGAGCCAGGACAGUGAAGUCAACUUUCAUAAUUCAAUUCACCCGGAAGUCUUGGAGCUUCUUCUGGACUAUGCGUAUUCCUCCAGGGUUAUUAUCAAUGAGGAGAAUGCAGAGUCGCUGCUGGAGGCUGGUGACAUGCUGGAGUUUCAGGACAUUCGGGAUGCUUGUGCAGAAUUUCUGGAGAAAAAUCUUCAUCCCACCAACUGUCUCGGCAUGCUGCUGCUGUCGGAUGCUCACCAGUGCACCAAGCUGUAUGAACUCUCUUGGAGGAUGUGCCUUAGCAACUUCCAGAGUAUCAGUAAAAGCGAAGACUUCCUCCAGCUGCCAAAAGACAUGGUAGUGCAGCUCCUUUCCAGUGAAGAAUUAGAAACGGAAGAUGAAAGGCUGGUAUAUGAAUCAGCUAUCAACUGGGUCAACUAUGACCUGAGCAAGCGUCACUGUUACCUCCCCGAGCUAUUGCAGACAGUGAGACUGGCCCUCUUGCCAGCUAUAUACCUUAUGGAGAACGUGGCCAUGGAAGAACUUAUCACCAAGCAAAGGAAAAGCAAGGAGAUUGUAGAAGAAUCGAUAAGAUGCAAGUUAAAGAUCUUACAGAAUGAUGGAGUGGUCACUAGUUUGUGUGCCAGACCCCGUAAAACUGGACAUUCGCUUUUUCUUUUGGGUGGCCAAACCUUUAUGUGUGACAAGCUGUACCUGGUGGAUCAAAAGGCAAAGGAGAUCAUUCCAAAGGCUGACAUACCAAGUCCACGGAAAGAGUUCAGCGCUUGUGCCAUAGGCUGCAAAGUGUAUAUCACAGGGGGACGAGGGUCAGAAAACGGAGUCUCCAAAGACGUGUGGGUGUAUGACACCCUUCACGAGGAGUGGUCGAAGGCUGCUCCCAUGCUGGUAGCUAGGUUUGGGCAUGGCUCUGCUGAACUUAAGCACUGUUUGUAUGUAGUAGGAGGACACACUGCAGCAACUGGUUGCCUUCCAGCUUCCCCUUCAGUAUCCUUAAAGCAAGUAGAACAAUAUGACCCCGUGACCAACAAAUGGACCAUGGUUGCCCCGCUGCGAGAGGGAGUAAGCAAUGCAGCUGUGGUCAGCGCAAAGCUCAAGCUGUUUGCCUUUGGAGGUACCAGCGUUAGCCAUGACAAGCUGCCCAAAGUUCAGUGCUAUGAUCAGUGUGAAAACAGAUGGACAGUACCAGCCACCUGCCCCCAGCCCUGGCGCUACACAGCUGCAGCUGUUCUGGGUAACCAGAUUUUUAUUAUGGGCGGAGAUACCGAAUUCUCUGCGUGCUCCGCUUAUAAAUUCAACAGUGAGACAUACCAGUGGACUAAGGUGGGAGAUGUGACAGCGAAGCGAAUGAGCUGCCAUGCAGUGGCGUCUGGAAACAAAUUGUAUGUGGUUGGAGGCUACUUUGGCAUUCAGAGGUGCAAAACGUUGGACUGCUACGAUCCCACAUUAGAUGUAUGGAACAGCAUAACAACUGUGCCCUAUUCUUUAAUUCCCACGGCAUUUGUCAGCACAUGGAAGCACCUCCCCUCAUAAUUGUGUGUGUGUUGCAAUUACAAAUUAUCAGUUUACUUCUUUAUUUGGAGAAGAGAAUUGGAACCUCAGAUCUGGAGGAACGGUUUUAAUGAAGAAAAAUCGUUCAGCGUCGCUUGCAUUUGAAGAAAGUCAUCUGCACCUUGUAAAUUAUCUAACCUAGACAUGAAGGAAUGGGAGGAAAAAUAACUGUCUUCAGUGCUUCAGCACGUGGUUUAAAUAUGAAUGGACGAACCUAUGAUCUGGUCAUUGUGCUAGUAAUUGUGGAUUAAUGCCAAUAUUAAUCAGUCCUUCAAAGGAGAAAAAGAAGAGACAGAACUUCUCUGAGCUGUG